GCGCUCGCCGCCGCCGCCGCCGCCGCCGCCGCCGCCCCCGAGCUGCGCGCGACAUGAGCCGGGCCCGCUGGACCGCGAGCAGAGCAGACGUGCUCCCGGAGAUCGCCGCCGCCGCGGGCUUCGUCUCCAGCCUCCUGAGCACCCGGGGCUGCGUGGGCGAGCAGAGGCUAAAGGUCUUCAGCAGAGCCCUCCAGGAGGCGCUAACCGAGCACUACAAACACCACUGGUUUCCUGAGAAGCCAUCCAAGGGCUCAGGCUACCGCUGCAUUCGCAUCAACCAUAAGAUGGACCCCAUUAUCAGCAAGGUGGCCAGCCAGAUCGGACUCAGCCAGCCCCAGCUGCACCGGCUGCUGCCCAGUGAGCUGACUCUGUGGGUGGACCCCUAUGAGGUGUCCUACCGCAUCGGGGAGGAUGGCUCCAUCUGCGUCCUGUACGAGGAGGCCCCUGUGGCUGCCUCCUAUGGGCUCCUCACCUGCAAGAACCAAAUGAUGCUGGGCCGGAGCAGCCCCUCGAAAAACUAUGUGAUGGCAGUCUCCAGUUAGAUCCCCUGCCACCCCUGACCAGGCACUCUACUGUACUCAUUCUGCCGUGACAACAGGCCACUGAAUACCUCAACCUGGGGGACUGUAUUUUAAAUGAAGAUAUAUAUAUAUAUAUAUAUAUAUUUUUUUUUUUUAAGAAAAGAGAAAAAAAACCCAAAAGAUUUUUUUUUUUAAAGAAAAAAAUCCUUAAAGGGAGCUGCUUGGAAGUGGUCUCCCCAGGUGCCUUUGGAGAGAACUGUUGGGGCUGGAGUCUGGGAGCCAGUGCCUGCCUACAAGGGGGUGGGCCUGACCAGGGCGAGGCGGGAGAAGCUUGGCUGGCCUCCCCAGGAAGAUAUGAGAGGGAGCAAGCAAGGUUAGCAACUGUGAAUGAGAACGGGUCAAGAGCUGCCCUGCGGUAGGGAGAAAGGCCGAAUCCAGACCUCUUGCUGUCCUGAGCAGGACAUCUGCAUCCCUGGCCCCUCUCCUCAGGAGCAUUUGAGCCUGGACUUCAGUUAUGCUUUGUUGUCUAAUCUUAUCUUUUAUUUUUCCAGUGAGAUCCAGGGCAGAGUGAAAAGGCCUCUCCUGAUCGCUUCUGUCCUAAGCAACUUUUCUUGAAAUCAUGACUUGUUUCUGAUUCUAUGCUCAGGGGCCUGUAGAUGUUGCUUCCCAGGCAGGAAACAAAAGCUUUUUGUUUUAUGGGGGUCAGGGGAGUAAGGCAGGAGUUAGAGGUUAUUGGGGUUGGGAUGGAAGGGUACUCUGCACAAAACCUUCGCUUUGCUAUGUGCUGCUCUGUGUGUGAGUAUGUGUGCUGAAUAAUUUGGGGAUGAUUUGCAAUGGAAUUUUGGGACCCAAAGAGUAUCCACUGGGGAUAUUUGUUUUUGGCCAAAAUCCUUCUUUUUGGAACCACAGGAAAGUCCUGAUGCUGCUGCCAUUAACCCUUCAAGAGUUGGCUCAAAAGCUCUGGGGAACUCCAGGUUCUUUAUUACUGCCUUUUUAAAAGCACAACACUCCUCCCUGACUCUCCUGCUCUUGUCCCUUUCUGGUUGGGUCACCGAACUACCCAGUUUUCCAGAACGAGCUCUCUCUCACUCACUGUGCAAUAUGGCCUCCUGGGUCCUUCCUGAAGAGAACUGCCUCUCAGAACCUGGUGCCCUGGAGGGGGCUUAGGGAAUGCUCCCUCUGUCUUCAUCCACAGGACUCUGGAUGGCUGGUCAGCCUUGCAGGUAUUCCUGGACUGAAGCGAGAAUGAGCCAAGUUCUUCAGGACUACUUGGUAUUCUUGUAGGGCUGACACUAAAAGCCACAGUCCUGGGCAUAGUUUUUUGUUUUUUCCCUUUCCCCUUUUCCCUGGUGCUCAGAGCACCUGUGGGGAAGUUGCUGCCUCUCAGUACAAUCCAAGUUUGUCUGUAGAUUUGUGCAAUAUUUACUGUUCUGGGUUGGAGCCAGUGGAAAUCUAGACUGGGAAAGAAUCCCUUCCUUGGGUUUUUCAGUGACGUUGAGUGAGGGCUUCUCAGAAGGUCUUGAGUUUUGCAAGCCCGAAUCACUUUAGAAGGACACAGCUAGAGCCUCUAGUUGACCUGGCUACCCUCCUGUCCAGCCUGCCAGGCUGUUGGCCCCCUGGUGAGGAAACUUUCUUCCCUACCUGGGGGGUCCCUACUCCCCUGCUGAUACCCUCCCCUGGAUCCCUGAACUACUCAGUUCUGAACACAAAGGUGCUAUUUACCAAACACUGUCCCCACUGAUUCCUGCCAGCUCUGCCUCCUUGUCAACUCUAGACUCCCGAGCCAUCUUCCCAGACCCUGCUUCAACAUUUCUUGCUUUAGAGGUAACUUUAGGCCGACAGACCCAAGAGCUCCUUUUCUGGCCUGUGGAUGGAAACGAAGCUGUGAAUCUGCACAUUGUGGUGUGGCAUCUAGUCUGCAAACAGGUCCCCGCCUUUCUAAAAGCAGCCUCACAGUCUCAUGCUUCAUCUCUCUUUUUUGAUGUUCACUUUAAAAACAAAACACCCAGAGCUGGACUGUUGAGCAGGCCUGUCUCUCCUAUUAAGUAAAAAUAAAUAGUCGUACGUUUGUAAGCUAUUGUGACAGAAAAGACAAGGGUUACUAAUUGUAUGAUAGUGUUUUUAUAUGGAAGAAUGUACAGCUUUAUGGACAAAUGUAUGCUGUUUUUGUUACUUUAAUAAAAAUGUAGCAGAUGAA